AUGAAGCUUUCAACAUCAGGGAUGGGUCAGCAGGCUCAUGAAGGAGAUAAGAAGUGCUUGAACUCUGAACUAUGGCAUGCCUGUGCCGGGCCUUUGGUGUCACUGCCGACUGUCGGGAGCCGUGUGGUUUACUUCCCCCAGGGUCAUAGUGAGCAGGUUGCUGCCACUACUAACAAAGAAGUUGAUGCUCAUAUACCCAAUUACCCGAGCUUGUCGCCUCAAUUGAUCUGUCAACUCCACAAUGUCACGAUGCAUGCGGAUGUUGAAACUGAUGAAGUAUAUGCGCAGAUGACAUUGCAGCCCCUGACUCCGCAAGAACAAAAAGAUGCUUAUCUUCCUGUGGAGAUGGGAAUUCCCAGCAGGCAACCGACUAAUUACUUCUGCAAGACUUUAACAGCAAGUGAUACGAGCACGCAUGGCGGGUUCUCUGUUCCACGUCGUGCUGCGGAGAAAGUCUUUCCUCCUCUGGAUUUUUCUCAAACACCACCUGCACAAGAACUUAUAGCCAGGGAUCUCCAUGAUGUCGAAUGGAAGUUUAGGCAUAUAUUUCGUGGUCAGCCCAAACGUCAUUUGCUUACUACUGGUUGGAGUGUUUUCGUCAGUGCCAAAAGACUUGUUGCUGGUGAUUCUGUUCUUUUUAUCUGGAAUGAGAAAAAUCAGCUACUUUUAGGAAUUCGUCGUGCCACUCGACCACAAACCGUUAUGCCAUCAUCCGUUCUUUCAAGUGACAGCAUGCACAUUGGACUUCUUGCUGCUGCUGCUCACGCUGCUGCUACUAGUAGUUGCUUCACUGUAUUUUUUAACCCGAGGGCUAGUCCAUCUGAGUUUGUCAUACCUCUUUCAAAGUAUGCCAAAGCUGUGUAUCACACACGUGUCUCUGUUGGAAUGCGGUUUCGGAUGCUAUUUGAGACUGAAGAAUCCAGUGUUCGUAGGUACAUGGGCACCAUAACUGGGAUUGGUGAUUUAGAUCCUGUUCGUUGGCAAAAUUCUCACUGGCGUUCAGUUAAGGUCGGUUGGGAUGAGUCAACAGCAGGUGAGAGGCAGCCAAGAGUAUCUUUAUGGGAAAUUGAACCUUUGACGACAUUUCCCAUGUAUCCCUCGUUAUUUCCUCUGAGACUUAAACGCCCUUGGUAUCCCGGGGCAUCAUCUUAUCAAGAUGCCGGCAACGAAGCCAUUAACGGCAUGGGGUGGCUGAGGGCCGAAGCCACUGGAGACCAAACCUUCAACCCCAUGAGUUUCCAGCCGGUUGGCAUGUUCCCUUGGACACAUCAGCAGCAGAGGUUCGACCCGACGAGCUUGAGAAAUGACCUCAGCCAGCGUUACCAGGCCAUGCUGGCAGCCGGCCUCCACACUUACGGAAGCAGUGAGCUCCUCAAACACCACCCUCAACAGUUGCAGCAGCAGCCGAGUCACUAUCUCCAGCUAGCUGGUGGAGGCCACAAUCCCCCGCACGCGCUCCCACUGCAGACCCAAAUGCUGCCGGAGCCUCAUCAGCAAUCCCCUGCUGCUGACGUGCCUUCGCCGUCGUUCACGAAACUCGACUUUUCGAACCUGGACAGCAAAUUUUCCGGCAUGCAGGGUGUGUUGGGUGGUAACCUGUUGAAUUUCAACGAGCAGGCGGCGGCACAGCAGACUUGGGCGGAAAAAUUCGGAAGUGGCUCGGGAGCCAAGUCCAUGGAACAGCAGGAGUCUUGUAGCCUGGACGUGCAGAAUCAGGAACUUUAUGGUGUGGACUCCUCUACCCUAAUGCUUCCCACCACUGUUUCUGGUGUGGGUCCUUCCUCGUCAGUGCAUGCCGACAUGUUACCCAUGCAGCUGUUAGGCUCGUCCGGCUAUCAGAACCCUCUGUAUGCGUACGGGCAGGAUUCUUCAGACGUGAUGCGGAACGCGGGGCAGGUUGAUCAACCAACAGGGGACUGUACCUUUGUUAAGGUGUAUAAAACAGGAUGUGUUGGUAGGUCAUUGGACAUUGGCCGGUUCAGCAGCUAUCAGGAGCUGAGGCAGGAACUCGGGCAGAUGUUCGGGAUACAAGGGUUGCUUGAAGACCCUCAAAGAUCAGGCUGGCAGCUUGUAUUUGUUGACAGGGAGAAUGAGUUGCUUCUCCUUGGAGACGAUCCAUGGGAGGCAUUCGUGAAUAAUGUCUGGUAUAUCAAAAUACUUUCUCCCGAGGAUGCGUUGAAGCUGGGAAAACAAACGGAUUCCUCUAACGGAGGCACAGUUGAUGAGAGGAUAAACAAUGCCGAUGCCCAGAAUCUAGUUUCUGGACUUCCGUCUUUAGGAUCUCUCGAGUACUGA